UCCUUAGCAACAUAUAACCUGGUAUAAUGGAGGCAACGUGAAUUCUCCGACCGCAAUUAUAUGGUAGACAUCAUCAACACUUGAAGACUUUUAACGACUCAUUAUACACUGGCGAUUCGCAAUGUCGUCGGUAAAUUUGCCGCCAAUUAAGAACCAUGUUAAGUUCACAAAAUCCACCAAAUCAAUCUCAGCUCUUGAUACUGAGAACGUUAGUAAAAGUAGAAGGAAAUCAGGAGUAAAGAAAAGCAAAGAAUUCGAUCCAGAUAAAAUUGCAGCAGAAGUUCGAUAUGCGCAACUGCAGUCAAUAUUUGGUGAUGCAGAAGACGGUUUAAACAUAAAAGAGUUUAAAAGAGCAAUGAGAGAGACUCUCGGUAACAAAAUGACAGAUGAUGAAAUUGAGCUACUCUUUAUGAAGGUUGAUGCUAACUGUGACGGAGUGGUCGAUUGGGAGGAAUAUGUAACAUAUAAUUUGUUAGAAUAUCAAGGGAAGUCACUGAUGAAAGAGAUGAUGAAAGAAAUACCUUUUCCGCACGAACCAAAAGAAAUUCCGAGUCGUCAUCGAGAGGUUAUUGUUUCGAUUUUAUUCUACCCAAACGUGCGGAGACGAGACGGUCGUUGUUUCAUAGACCAUACAAAUGGUAGGUAUGUUACAAUCAGCAAGGAGGGAAUUUUGUCAAUUUGGAACGUGCAUAUGAAAUUUAUCACAAGCUAUAAUACUAUAUCGGAGAUUGGAGACAGAGCAACACAGCCAUGGUUGAUCGACUUGGCGUGCAUUUACAAUGUAGGAAUGGUAGCAAUUUCGUCAACAGAUCGUGACAUUACUGUUUUUGAUUUACAGGGAAACAAUUUUAGGAAGAAGUAUCAUCUCAUAGGACUAGAUGACUGCAUAACAUGUAUGCAUUACUGGGUAGACUUAAAUGAUAUGAAUGAAGCAAAACUCCUUUGGGGAGACACAUCCGGAAGCGUGUGUGUAAUUGUAUUCAAGCAAUGCCUUCGCGGAGGCCUGUUUGGUUCAUUUGGUGUGAAAAAGGGUGGAUUUAAAAGAAUUAGCUUGCCUGAAGUUAUAAGGGGUUUCUACAAAGGUGCGAGAGGAUAUAGAUUUAACCGAGUACAUAGUGAUUGGGUGUUACGUUUAAGGUAUAUUCCAGAAUUAACCGCCUUCAUAUCUUGCAGUCAAACUUCUGAGAACUCACUUUGCGUGUACGAAAUCGGAAAGAAAAAGACGAACUCAAUGAUUAAGAUCAAUAAGGGAAUCCUUUGUUUUGAUUACUGUCCAGGAAAUAACAUCAUUGUUACUGGUGGUAUGGAUUAUUGUAUUCGAGCAUGGAAUCCAAAAAUUAAUGCAAAGUCUAUGUAUGUGUUGAAAGGAUACACUAAACCUAUUAAUCAAGUUGUAAUUAACUCCCGAAAGAGCCAAAUCAUUGGUAUAGACAAAAGACGUACUAUACGAGUAUACGACAUGAAAGACCAAUCAUGUCUUCAGCAUGUUAGUGGCAGAGUGGUCAAACUUGGGAAAGUUCCAUUGUCAGCGGUUUACUUUAACCCAGUGUUGCAGACAUUAAUCAUAGCUACAAAUCAUCUUGCCGUGCUUCAGAAAUCUAAUGAAGAGGAAAGGGCUGCAGAUAUCGAGUCUCAUACCAAACCAGUUGUUUGUGUUCUAUACAAUGAGCUCUUCAAAUUCGUAGUUAGUGCUUGUCAGGAUUCUGUGAUCAGUGUUUGGGACCUGUAUACUGGAGAAAAAGUUAUACAUGCUGCCAAUGCACAUGUCCGUGAGGAGAAGGGCAUCAUAGUACCAGUAGAAAUAACAUCAAUGGCAUUUGAUGGUCCACUGCGACGUGUUAUCACUGGGGCCAUGGACGGUAGUAUCAAAGUGUGGAAUUUUAAUAACGGAAGUUGCUUGCAGACAUUCAACACUCCAGAUGGAGUAGAAAUAACAGGCAUAGUUAGUAUCAAUCAUCGAAUAUUUGCCACUGGAUGGUCAAGGAAGAUGCAUAUUUUCAUUGAUGGUAGAGGCGAGGAGCAUCGAAAGGACUGGAGGCAGAAACACAACGAAGAUAUCCUGUGCAUGUCUUAUUUAAGUCCCAACAUCAUCGCAACUGGUGCUUACGAUGGAGAUGUUGUUGUGUGGUCACGAGACACUGGACACGUUUACUGUACCUUAAAUGCAGGAAAGAGUAUAAAACCGAUUGGAGAUACAAAAAACAAGAACAAGGAUGGCAGACCAGACACAAGCCAAAGUGGAAACUCGGAAGCUAAAUCAAGUGAAUUAGGGUUUUCAUUUAACAUAUUUGAGAAUCUUGCUUCAGAAGAAAUGCUGAAAAAGAGAGUAAGAAAAGCGAGUUUUCUACAUAAAAACAUAGACAUUUUAAAUAGAGUUAAAGGAAACGUCUUAAUGAAAGAAAACAAAUGGUCGCAGAAAAUCGGUCGCUUAGAUGACACACCAGUAGAACAUCCGUUACUCCCAUUGUAUAGGAACCAAGAGGAUUCACCAGUAGAUGGAACAAAUCAGAAACCUCCGAGUCGAACCGCGAGUAGACGAGAAGAUUAUGACGAACUUUGUAAAAUGUAUGAGUCGUCUAUUGAAUGUAUCUUAUUUUUAGAAUCGCGUGAUAGAGAAAGCGAGGAAACUGCCAUCUUAAUUACGAGUGGAGCAGAAGGAUGGAUUCGUGCGUGGUCAAUUUAUCACCAAGGAGGCCUUUUAGGUCAAUUCAAUGCUGCACACAAAGUAGGAGAAGGUGUACAUACAAUGUGUACUGACGAAAAAAAUAAACUGCUAUUCACAGCAGAUAGCUGUGGAUAUGUUAAAAUGUGGGAUUUGUCAGAAUAUUGCACAAAGAAAGCGCUUACCAAAGCACGUAGGGCCAAGCGAUGGAAGUAUCUUAAUGAUACGUUCACAUUUGUUAACUUUUCAUAUUGUUAUGAGCAGCCACCUGAAAUUCUUAUCUCAUCAAACAAAAUGCCAUCCAACAUCAACAACAGACCACCACCAGCAUCUUCAUUGCCAAAGAUAACACUAAAAUGGCCCUUACUAGUAAACUCGUAUCGGGCACACACAAAAAUUAUUAACAAAAUGGAAUAUGUUGAAGGAGAAAAACUUCUAAUUACUGCAAGCAGCGAUUGUGCCAUUCGACUUUGGACUCUAAACGGACUUUAUAUAGGCACAUUUGGUGAAACCUGGGAAUCUAUUCCAAAGUUAUUAAAACAGAUGUCUACAACAAACGUCCGUAUUCCAUCUGAUUUGCGUCGAUCAGGUUCGGCAAGUACUUUAAAGGUAUUAAACGGGGGACGUUCAGGACUAUGGCAGCAAGCACUCGACGGAGCAAAGAAAAUUAUUCGCGAUAAAGCAGAAGAAGUGGAGUUCGAAAAAAAACUACAAGAAGAAAAAGCAGAAACGAAAUCACCAUGUGAUGACGGUGAUGGCCCGGAAACUGCAAGGUCCAUCCCAUCUAGUCGUCCAAAACCCAAACAAACCGGCGGUGUUUUCAGUGACAUUCUAGGGAAAUCAUACAAAAAGACAAUGAGACACAAGAUGCCUCCUAAAAUGGAUAAGUUUGUGGAAAUCAAUUCAUCGAUUGCUGUGUAUCGUUGCCUGCCAUUCUCAGAACUCAACGUGGACAAUGAUCCAGAACAAAUGAAACGAAUAGAUGAAUUAAGAACGCUUUAUUUCGGUGGAUCUCUGCUGUCUAAAAUGAAAGGAAAUUUAUAUGCCCGGAAUCGAGAGAAAGGACCUGCAUUUGCUGGGUUAUACAACAAAAUUACACAGAGGCAACCUUUACCAAAAGGUAUAAAUCAAGCUGGAAGAAUCAAACGAGCCCAGAAUAAAGUAAAAAAGACACCAGCAUCUGUCUUAGACGCACUCACUAUUAAAGAAUUCAAACAUGAAACUGAUACCAUAGACAAAAUACUCAAGAACUGAACAUUGUUAAAUGAUAUGUUAUCAUGCAGGUGUAUUAUACAGUAUGAUACUGCCAUAAAUUAGAAACAUAAAUUGGAAAAUAUAUUGUAUAAUUGGACGAUGGUGGUAAAUUAAAAGUUGUAAUAUGCUUAAAAUAUGUAACAAAUGAAAAUAAAUGU